AUAAAAAAUAAGAAACAGCUACUACAUCCCAUCUUCCUCUUUCCUCUUGAAUCUAUCUAUGUAUAAUAACAGUUAGUUAAUACCCACAAAAUUCGUUUUUUUUUCUAUCUUUACCUAUAACUUGUUCUUCAUCAAUCUCCUUCCACCUAUUUCUGUGCUGUUAAACUUUGCUGGAACCUUCUUUUAGCUUAAAUUUCCUGAUUUCUCUCUGCUUCUUCAGUUAUGGUCUUGAUUUUCUCCAUUUCAUGACGUGCUAAAUCCUCCGCAUUUCACUCUUUUUUGUUCUAUCAUAGUGUAUGACUAACCCCUUUCCUUUUCUUGGAAAAUCAAGAUAAAUAGAUACAUCUAUUUUUGAGCUUUUUUAAAGACUUGGGUUUUAGGGUUGUGUUGAAAUUAGCAAUAUUUUCAUUGAUUCUUGAGGUUUUCUGGGUUUUAAGGUUGUUAUAAAGAUUGUAUCUUUAGAGAUUUUUGGUGGUUUAUUUAUGUUGGUUAUAAUCUGAUGAGGCGCCGUUCUCCUACGUCCCAAUCGUUUGAUGAUUCAAUGGAGAAAGGGCAAGGAAAAAAUCACCAUCCUAGGGUUUGCUUGUUAGCUUCAUUGUCAGGUUUGUUUUGGUUUUUACUAUUGUAUUUUCAUUUUGUGAUUCUUGGGGGUAAUCAUGUUCAUGAUUCACCUAAUUUGGAUCCACUUUCCCUCAAUAAACAAUCAAUUAUCAUCACCCCUCAAUCAAAUCCAAAUCCCCUGAAUCGUGCUACUAUACGUAAUGCUAAAGUUGAAAUGGAUAAUAAUGAGUUAGUAGUGAAGUCCAAACCACUCGAAAAGAAUGUACAACCACCACCGGCGGUGGUUAGGCCGGUGAUUAGCGAUAAUAGCUCUCGGAGAGAUCCUGAGAGUUACUCGUUUAUGAGAGCAUUGAGAACGGUAGAGAAUAAAAGUGAUCCAUGUGGUGGAAGGUAUAUUUAUGUGCAUGAUCUUCCUCCAAGGUUCAAUGAAGAUAUGCUUAAGGAAUGUAGAACUCUUAGUCCUUGGACUAAUUUUUGUAAGUUUACUGCUAAUGCUGGGCUUGGGCCACAAAUGGAGAAUGCUGAGGGAGUGUUCUCGAAUACUGGAUGGUAUGCAACUAAUCAGUUUGCGGUGGAUGUCAUUUUUGGCAAUCGGAUGAAACAGUACGAGUGCCUCACGAAUGAUUCCUCUCUUGCUGCUGCCAUUUUUGUGCCGUUUUAUGCAGGGUUUGACAUUGCAAGGUAUCUUUGGGGUUAUAAUGUAACUACGAGGGAUGCUGCUUCUCUUGAUUUGGUUGAUUGGCUUCAAAAGAGGCCAGAGUGGAAUAUCAUGGGGGGAAAGGAUCAUUUUCUUGUGGCUGGUAGGAUAACGUGGGACUUCAGAAGAUUGUCCGAUUCAGAUUCGGAUUGGGGCAACAAGCUUCUUUUCUUACCUGCUGGGAGAAAUAUGUCCAUGCUUGUGGUUGAAUCAAGUCCAUGGAAUGCAAAUGAUUUUGGCAUCCCAUAUCCAACAUAUUUCCAUCCAGCAAAGGAUGCUGAAGUGUUCACUUGGCAGGACCGGAUGAGGAAGCUGGAGAGGAAGUGGCUAUUUUGUUUUGCUGGUGGACCACGACCUGGGAACCCUAAAUCAAUCAGGGGGCAGAUCAUUGACCAAUGCAAGGAGUCUAAAGCGUGCACGUUAUUGAAGUGUGGUCAAUCGGGGGAGAGCAAAUGUCACUCUCCUAGCAGUAUCAUGAAGAUGUUCCAGAGCUCCCUUUUCUGCCUGCAACCUCAAGGUGAUUCAUAUACGAGAAGGUCGGCUUUUGAUGCUAUGUUGGCUGGUUGUAUACCUGUCUUUUUCCACCCUGCUUCUGCCUACACACAGUAUACAUGGCAUCUUCCGAAAAACUACUCAGCCUACUCUGUUUUCAUUUCUGAGAAUGAUGUUCGUAAGAAGAAUAUAAGCAUAGAGGAAAUGUUAAAUCAAAUUCCUCCUGAGAAGGUGAAGGAAAUGCGGGAGGCUGUUAUAAGUAUGAUUCCGAGGCUGAUUUAUGCUGAUCCUCGCUCUAAAUUGGAGACUCUCAAAGAUGCAUUUGAUGUAGCAGUUGAUGCAGUUAUAAAUAGAGUUACAAGGCUAAGAAAAGACAUCAUUGAAGAUCGUAAAUAUGAUAACUAUAUUGAGGAGCUCAGCUGGAAAUAUUCAUUGCUGGAUGAAGGGCAAACUGAGCUUGCAGCUCACGAAUGGGAUCCUUUUUUCGAAAAACCAAAAGAUCGAAGUGCAGAAUCUGAUAAUUCAUCAGCAGAAGCAGCUAAAAACUCUUGGAAAAACGAACAGGGACAACAAUAAUGAUGUGGGUUUUUCCUCGACAUACACCACCAUCGUCACAGAGCUUAGAAUGAGACAACUACUGGUUACACGUGAAAGUUAGCAUCCGAGUAUAAAAACCUGUUUUGGUGAAAUUAUAAGAACUUUGUGCAGAUGAAGGACAUAUAGUAAUACAUAAUCCUGCUUCUAAUAUAAAUGCGGUUGUUGUUUUUUCCGAUUCUAUGUUAUUUAUUAGUCAUUAUUAACAAUAAAAUCCAUGCCAAUACUUUUGAUCGCCAAAUGAUGUCUACUCAGGGUAGGAACUUCAGUCAUUUGAUUUUGCUGUUA